UACCUUAAACAUUCGAUAAAGAAACCUAGGGAAAUGGUAAAUUAAGGAGAAUAACUUAAAAAAAGAGACGAACGGUAAGGGGAGAGAGAAUGAUUGGAGGAAGACACGACUGAGAGGUUGCAUACACUAACAAGCUCCCGUUAACAGGAUGAUCGCCUCGUUGGCUCCAGAGAUUCUCUUACCCUCAGUACCACCUUCACCACUCACCUGCAGUGUCACUACCACCUUCACCACUCACCUACAGUGUCACUACCACCUUCACCACUCACCUGCAGUACCACUACCAGCAUAACACCAGUAGAUUGACGUCAGGAUGCCACCCAAGGAUCCCGAGGUGGAGAAGCUGAAGAAGGAGCUGCAGGAUGCUAUCGCUAAGGUCCAGGAGGACCAAAAGAGCAAAGCAGACAAGACGCUGGCUGACGGAUGCUCGGGCGUAGCUGAGGUGCCUAAGAUCAGAGCAACUUGCAAGAGAAUGUGCAAAGGACACUUGAAUAAAGUGAAUAGUGUUCACUUCUCAGGUGACAAUAGGCACCUGGUGUCGGGUUCACUGGAUGGGAAACUUAUCAUCUGGGACAUCUAUACAGGCAACAAGACUCAGAUCAUCCCUCUCCUGUCGGCCUGGGUCAUGUCUGUGGCCUUCUCUCCCUCAGGCAACUUUGUGGCUAGCGGGGGCAUGGAUAACCAGUGCACCGUGCACGACAUCAACAACAGGGACUCAACGGGAGUGGCCAAGAUCUCACGUGAGCUGCUGGGCUACGAGGGCUUCCUGUCGUCCAUGCGGUUCCUCGACGACACCAACCUCAUCACCGGCUCUGGUGACAUGAAGGUGAUUCACUGGGAUCUGAAGACGGGCAAGAAAGUGAAUGAAUUUUUCGGUCACAGCGGAGACGUAGCCACCAUGAGUCUGGCGCCGGACCAGAGCUGCUUCGCCACGGGUUCUGUAGACCGAACCAUCAAGGUCUGGGACCUGCGGGACACCAAGACCUGCAAGCAGACCUUCUGGGGACACACCUCUGACGUCAACUCUGUCUGCGUAAGUCCGAGGGGCAAGAACUCUGCUUUAUACCGUCUGUUCAUAAUUUCACAAACGUUUCAGGCUAGGUUGUGUUUGAGUGUACAAACAUACACACGCACACACACACAUUGCGACUAGCCGGGAAUUGAUCCC